UAAAGCGCGGCUGAGUGCUUCCCCUGGAUCGAGCGCUGUCUGUACACUGUGUCCGAAUCGAACCCUGCACCCUCGACGAACGUAAACAGUUCGCGUAAUGUAAUCAAUUAAUCGAGGCGCUAUCUAUUGAACUGAAAUCAGCAGCGGUGGUUUGGUGAGGGGAGUGGAGUGUAGUGGAGGGAGGCCCUCGUGCAGCCCCUGCUGCUGCGUCAUCGUGCCACUGUUUGCCCACAAAUGUGAGCUUUUCUAUAAAUUUGAAUGUUCUCGCCAUAGCAUGGGACAGUUCUUGGUCAACGCUGAAGGCGUUCACACACACGACACUCAGGAAUAACAAAGAAAAGGAAUACCAAAACGCAUUAUAAUGCAACGACAUCAACUCCUCAGCUGUCUGCUGUUUCUGGGAAUCAUCCUACUGGCAGCUUCUGCGGAAAGUUCCCCCGUCAUUGGUGUGCUCACGCAGGAGGUCUACUCGGAUGGAUUGAUUUCGCGACAUUUCGUGAACAAAACCAGCUACAUAGCCGCCUCGUAUGUCAAGUAUUUGGAGGGUGCUGGUGCCCAAGUGUUGCCCAUUUGGAUUGGACGCAAUCGCAGCUACUACGAAGAUCUCAUGCACAAGAUAAAUGGAGUUCUCCUGCCUGGCGGUGCAACGUGGUUCAAUCAGAGCAAUGGCUACGGCGAUGCGGGUGAACAUCUCAUCCAAUUGGCGGUGCAGUUGAAUGACAAUGGCACCUUCAUGCCCGUCUGGGGCACUUGUCUGGGCAUGGAGCUGCUGGUCUACAAGCUGUCCAAUGGCACCGAGCAUCGCAUCAAUUGCAAGGGAUCAGGCAUCGCCUUGCCCAUGGAGUUUAAAGAAGAUUACAAACAGAGCCGCCUGUUCAAUGCCAGCCAUGAGGAUAUUGUUGCUCUGAUGGUCAAGGAGAAUGUCACCUAUCACUCGCAUCAGUUCUGCUACACGGAGGCGGACUUUGUCCGGGAUCAGUUGAACAAGUCGUGGCGCGUGGUAUCCCUGAAUCACGACCUGGACGGCGUCGAGUUCAUCUCCACCAUGGAGCAUGUGAAGUAUCCCUUCUACGGCGUUCAGUUUCAUCCGGAGAAGCCGCUCUUUGAGUUCGCGCGAGCGAGCAUUCCCCACUCGCACUCGGCGGUGCUGACUGGCCAGUACUUUGCCGACUUCUUUGUGAACGAGGCCCGCAGGAGCCCCCAGAGCUUCGCCAAUGCCACGGAGCAGGCGCAGUUGCUCAUCUACAACUACAAGCCGGAGUAUACCUCGAUACUGGGCUCCAGCUAUGUCCAGCAAUAUCUGUUUACCAACAAGGAAAUGGAUUUGCUUGAUAUUGAAAUCGAAGGGGGAGAUGAUGCAGGCCUUGACGGCGGCGACGAUGGCGAUGAUGGGCCCACAUACUACCACCCUCCCUAUGGGUACGGAAAUGGAAAUGACGGUGCUGCAUUCGUGUCCCUCGGUAUUGGACCCCUCCUCGCUCUUCUGGCCAUUGGAUUAUUUUCAAUUGAUUUCUGAUUUUCCCUGGCUAUCAGCUUGCAGCUGUGCAGCUGUUGUGCAUUUCAUUUUCCUACUUUUAAAAGACUGUGUUCACCUCCUCUGCACCCUCCACCCUCCUCGCAUUCAAUGCCCCACUAAACCGAUUGUUCUGCGAAUGCUUUUGCGCACUCGAAAUCUACGAAAUAUUGCCAUCAAUGCAUUUACUUGGAAAUCGCCUCAAGUGAAAUUUUUACUUUUAGAAAAACACUUUUAAGCACUCAAAAUACACUUGUUGAAUGCACUUUAAUAACCGACAACGAUUGCCACGUUUGAUAUUAUUUGAUAACAAAUGUCACUGAUAUUUUCCCACUGAUUGUUCGAUAGCUUUACUCUUUGAUCUUUUUAAAUAAAAUAAUUCGAUUUAUUA